GCGCCGUCCAACACGUGAGGCUCAUGUGACCGUGUCGAGUCUGUGUCUCCAGCCGAGAGACGUGCCUGCAGUCACAGGGUUUAUUUAACACGUAGUCAAAACCCACCCAGCUCUCACACAUUGAACCGGGCGUGGAGCCUCCCCAGACAUACUACCGAGUCCGGACCUCAGGGUGACAACACUGCGCAGUUCCCAACUCCGGCUCACAGCGGGAACACGUUGGAUAACAGGAGAUACUUUUUUUUCUUGAUUUUUCUUGCUCUUUAUGAUUUUGUCUGAAUCGCGACUGCAGAGAUAUAUUUGGACCGUUUUGAAGGCUUUUUAAAGUUAUUUCUUCGGGUUUGACAGUUAGGCAAUAUGGAGAGGAUUACCAGCGCGCAACCACCUCCCUGUGUGCCAAAACACCCGUCACUGGAUAUAGCUGACAUGCAAGGAAUCGAUUUUCCCAUUUAUGUGUACAAACCCAGGAGGGGCAUGAAGCGUGGAGAUGAGAGCAAGGAGACAUACAAGUUGCCGCACCGACUGAUCGAAAAGAAAAGACGUGACAGAAUCAAUGAGUGCAUUGCCCAGCUGAAGGAUUUGUUGCCAGAACAUCUUAAGCUUACAACGCUGGGUCAUUUGGAGAAAGCUGUGGUGCUGGAGCUCACUCUCAAGCAUGUAAAAGCCCUGAGUGGCCUUCUGGAGCAGCAACAGCAGAAAAUUAUUGCGCUACAGAACGACCUGCAAAUCAGUGAUCAUGGAGGUGACAGCGCAGAGAGCAGCGAGGAGAUGUUCCGCUCCGGUUUCCACUUGUGCGCAAAAGAGGUCCUCCACUAUCUGGCCAGCCAAGAGAGCAACAGGGACUUGACUCCAUCCAAUGUUAUCAGCCACAUCCAAAAGGUAGCAGCUGAGGUGCUGCACCAUCAAAGCAGCCCACAUCGGGACGAGUCUGUCCCUCAAGCUUUGGAGAAACCGAAGAAACCCGCCGGAGAGCCCCAAAGGUCAUCCAAUGGCUCGGCUAAAAACUGCGUUCCCGUCAUUCAAAGGACUUACCCUCAUGCGACGGGGGAGCAGAGCGGCAGUGACACAGACACUGACAGCGGCUAUGGGGGGGAACAUGACAAGCGUGACCCCAAAGCCCAGUGGUCAGAGAGCCACACAAAGGAUGGGGAGCAUAAGCAUGUCAUGUCCAGUGCCUUCAAGCAGGAGGGCGAUGAGCCUCGGGCCAAGAAGUCAAGGUCCGAUUCCUCAGAGGACGAGAUUCUCUCUGGUCAUGUGUCAGGAGGCCCUGGCAGCUACAUGAGCUUCUCCCCCAACCAGUCCCCAUUUUGUCUCCCCUUCUAUCUCAUCCCCCCUGCAGCUGCAGCAGCGGCAGCCUAUCUGCCCAUGCUGGAGAAAUGCUGGUACCCUGGGGGCAUGCCGGUCAUGUACCCGGGCAUGAGCGGCUCCGUGGCAAGCAUGCCCCCUGAGACGCAUCCAUCGUCUCUGGUGAUGUCCCCAAGAGCAGGGUCUCCAGCAUCCUACCCGAACCCCACGGACUCCCCUGCUCUUCACAAAGCUUUAAAGCAGGUCCCCCCAUUGAACUUGGAAACCAAAGAAUGAACAGUUCCAGUUGGAAUCUUGCCCUCUGAAUGUUGAUGGGGUUGAAUAGUUGAAAAGAGCGCCAAUAAACGCACUGGCCUCCCUUCAAAUGACAGCUGUUGUUUGGCCCAUCAGAACAUUAACCCCAGCAAAGACCCCAAAUGGUUGCCGUUAUCUAUCAUCAGCUUCUCACACACAUGGAGACAGGACUUAAACGGGCAACCUGGAGAGCCCGCAUGAAGGCUCUUAGAUCACCUGUUGCAUGGCUCUGAAACACUGUGAAGAUGAUCAGUUUAAAGAGUGCGCCAUAGAUCGCAAGGUUUCGUUCUUUUUAGAAAGGUUUGUUUUCUCCGCACUCAAUGAAUGUUUGAGGUAAACCCAGAAUGUAAGGCACAGAUAAGCCCCCCAAAAAUCAUUUGGACCUACUUUUUUGCACACACACCACUCUGUAAUGAAUGUAAAGAUUGAACAAAAGCCCCUUGUAGAUGCUGCUUGAAUUCUGCUGUAGAUCUGUGAUUGGAGGAUCUACCUUCAGUGUUUUGUCUCCAACAAACAGUUGUUCGGACUCGAAUGUCACCAAAAGAAAUGUUGACGAAACAUCGCAUAAGACUUUGCUCCUUUGUCCCUUCAAUUACCUUGCAGCUAAACGAACACAAGUGUUCAAAGAAUUCAGGGUGUUGUCACUGUACGAGGUGUGUCACUCAUGUCUUUUCGAAAGUGACGCGGCCGUACGUGCUUUUACCGUUUAGUUUGUGACUCACGGCUUAUUUGUGCAUCUAGAUGGAGUUCCUGUGAAGUAAUGUCAUGUAAUUAUUUUUGUUUAUACUACUCGUACAUCUCUAUUUUUGAUACGUGACCCACUGAGUGUAUUUGCUACCGUAGGAAGGUCGAGGCAGUCAUUUUCUGUACGCCAUGAGAACGUGUACAGCAUCAAGCUUUGUGCUCAACCAGAUUUGCAUCUUCUUGCCCACAAUUUUCCGGUCAAGUUAAGGUCUGAUCUUAGCUCAUGCUGUUGCCUUUACUCGCAGACACAACCAUGGCAGGUGUUUCAAUGUAUUUUUGCUUUAAAUGUUGUGUCUGGCAAAAUGAGUGAAUGUAAAAUUCAAACAAAAAUAAUAGUUUUGUAUAGAGAGAGGUACUUGGGAUUUUUAUUUUGAAAUGUAACAAAAGGCUGUUUGUUGUACAUAUUUUGUAUA